AUGGUUGCCAUAGAAACUUCUGAUCUAAAAGGGAGAGUGAGAAUUGUUCCUGGUUUAAUCUUAGCUAAAUCUGACUCACAAUAUAUCCACCGGAACCCACGAGUUUUGUUUCUUUCAUGGUUCAUUUGGUUUAAGCCGUUAUUGCAUGUCCUUAUAGCACCUGCUGAUCCAGUACCAGAAGGAACAGUAACAGGAGACGUCUCUGGUGUCACUGCAAGAACACAUUACAGCGGAGACUUCAGUGGAGUGAGAAGUGGUCUGAAACGGAAAAGUUCGAACCCAAAUCCUGAACGAGGUAUAUUGUCUUGGAAGAUUCACUGCGUUAGUGCCACCAGCAGAAACUCAGAGGAGCAAGAUCCUCGAGAACAAAGUGAAGAGGUGAAGAGAUACAUGGCACAGAUGGCUGUUGACGUGCUCAUGAAGGAAAAAUUUAAUCUCUCGUCAUUUGAAGGACUACAAGACUUUCACACAUACUUAGUAGGAAAGCUUUAUCUACGGAAUGUAACCUUUGAGACGGGUUGCAUCAAAACAACCGUCAAGUGCUGUAGCUUGGAGAUUCUUGAAAGCCUGUGGGAGGAUUAUUGCUCUGGUCGCCUCAAUGCAGAAGCCGAGAAGUGCCUCAUUACAGAGAAGGUUAAGGACAAGCUUGGUAUGGAGAGUAUAAAGUUAGCAACCACUAUGUUGAAAGAGGAGUACGUGGCUUGCAAAUUGUCUUUAAUGGAAAUUUCAGGAAAGGACAGUAAAUCCGAAGCCAUAAUGAAGAGAGGACAUUAUGGAAACUAUAUUUCCCAACCUAACGCAAAGAUCCCUAAAACGACAUUUUCCCGCAUUUUGAACAAGUCAAAGAUGUGGUCUGAAGAUAAUCUAACAUGUGCCAGUGAAAACGUGUUGUCAGAUAACAAAGAUCUGGAGGCGAAUGUGUUUGAGCCUCUUCAGAAUGAGUUGACUUGUUCAAUACAUGCACAGCUAUCCAGUUUCGUAAAUGAUAAUCCAGAAAUUUUAGAUUCCAGUGGAAUUCCUACCUGCUCACAACGUUCUAGUCAUCUAGAGUCUGAAGUUCCAACCAGCUUAGGUUCAUCUGAGUUUCAACAACCAAAUGGUGGUUGUAAUGUAAAGACACAGUCAAGAUGGCUGACAAGGGAAAUGUAUUUAUUCCUCAUGCUUCAUCAUGUGAUAUAUCAACACAUAAUGACUAGCUAG